UUGUAACAGCUGGCUGAAUUGAUUGACGUGUGAUCACUGCGUGUGGAAGUUCUACUCUUGUAGCUCGUUCGUGAGUGGUGAAGAAAGGGAGCGAACAGCCACUCGUGUGCGAUCUGCUACUCGCAUUUUCGUUGGCUACUCUAACUCAAACGAAACACCGGCCAGCCAACAAAAAAUCGAGAAAGUGCGUUGUCUCAACAUCGACAUUAGCUUAUGGAGGGCGUUGAGGAGGCGAGAAACGAAAGUACAGAUGGGCUAAACACUCAACCUCCUGACAGCGGACAAGCUAGCUUUGCCCAACCAGGACUAGCUACUUACGCUCAAGGGAGCACUGUUCCAAACGGACAUGGCGUUCAACAAGUGAUCGAGAACAGACCUGAAGUCCAAAACGAAACACAUGUAGGUCUAGGAGAUGAUCGUGGACACCUCUCCAUCUCCAAUGUACCAGGUGGCGUUCAAGUCGCAGUUGUACCGGCUUCAGAUGAUGUGGGAGUCGUAGAUGGAAGUUUGACAAACACCUCGGCCGUAGAUCGAGGAGAUGAAGCAACACAUACCGUUGUAACAGCAAUGCCCGCUGAUUAUGGGUUACCAGGGCCUCUACCGACUCAAUUUGUCAUUCAGCACGAAGACCACGAGGGAGCAGAAGACACUGGGGUUCAUGAUGUGGAUGGUGACGAGAAGGAGCGUGAUGACAUUCUUAGAGAGCAGGAUCGGUUUCUACCAAUUGCAAAUGUGGCCAGAAUAAUGAAGAAGUCCAUUCCAAAGACAGGAAAGAUUGCUAAGGAUGCCAAAGAAUGCGUUCAAGAAUGUGUGUCAGAAUUUAUAAGCUUCAUAACCAGCGAGGCAAGUGAACGAUGCCAUCAAGAAAAACGCAAGACAAUCAAUGGAGAAGAUAUUUUGUUUGCCAUGCAAACUUUAGGAUUUGAUAAUUAUGUGGAACCUUUGAAGCUCUAUUUACAGAAGUACAGAGAAUCGAUCAAAGGGGAGAAGUCAGCUAUUGGUACCGAUGUAAGAGAAGGAGAGGUGGAUGAAGAGGAACAUGCUGUGCAUCAAUUUCAAGUGGCAGGUACUCACCUCCAUCCUUCAAUGAUUGGAGCAGACCAAACUCCAACGACAAUUUACAGCUCUCCUCAAUAUCAGACAACGAUGCAACAGCCUCUGCAUUUUCCAUGAUUUGAACACCCCAGACAGCGUUUGACUUGCCCACUACAAAUGGAUAUAACAUAAGAUAAGAUGUACAUAGUGCAGCCUCCAAGACAUAGUUGAAAAUGUUUGUUAUCCCCUCCCAUUCUAUAUCUAAAGAGAGAGUUUUUUUUAUACUUGUUUGCUUCAUUUAAGACCAGCUUGUUUGUCAGACUGCAAUCCAGCCAGCCUCCAACUGACAUUCAAAUGGGUUUAACCUUUGUUAGUCUGGUUUGAGGGUGUACAGGGGGAACUUUUGCACAAUUAAGGUCCCAUCAGUAUGACGUUGACAAAUCAGGCUGACUCAGUCUAUGAAAUCUUAUUUUGCCAGUAUUCCUGUACCAAGAGGGUAGCAAAGGGGGAAUCCUGAUUCCAGGUUCACACUCAGAUUUUUCACACCUCAUAAUCACACCUCAUAAAUCAUCUCAUGUACAUAAAUUGGAAAACUUCAAAUCUCUCUCCUUGUGUGUGAGGUUUCAGAAAAAAUCUUGAGGUUUUCACCAAAUGAACAAAAAGUUCACAGGUUGCUUACAUUUCAGGAG